AGGAAAAACGAGAAUCGAAAUUAUGACAAUUCGGUGCACGUUGAUCCGGUUGCAUUGAACCAUGGUGAAAUUCCCUCGGUUUCCCGGACACUCCGUUUCCGCGAUACGCGUCAAGAAUGGAAGAUGCCGAGCUUGAAAGUUUUAGUGGACCAAGUGAUGAUACCAAGCUACUCGACCUAUCAUGAGCUGUAAACAAGUCGAAGCGAAUGCCAGGACCCGAUAUCAAGAUGCGCCGCACGCUAACGAUCGUCUCCUUGGUAGUGUUUUUCGCUGCGGCGUCCUCGCCCGUGGAGGAUUCGACUAGGAACGUUUUUGACCAGUGCAUUCUACCGCUGGGCAUGGAGGAGGGAAAAAUUCCAGACGAUGCGAUCACAGCUUCUUCCAGUUACGAGACUAAAUCGGUGGGCCCUCAAAACGCGAGAAUACGACAAGAGAAGAAUGGCGGCGCCUGGUGCCCGAAAGCGCAGAUCAGCAGCGCGAUACGGGAGUAUCUGGAAAUCGACCUGACGAGAAACCAUCUGAUCGCGUGGACAGAGACUCAGGGACGAUUUGGGAAUGGCCAAGGUCAGGAGUACGCGGAGGCCUUCUUUCUCGAAUAUUGGCGCGACGCACGGUGGCAUCAAUACAAGAAUUUGAGGGGUGACAGAGUACUACGCGGAAACAGCAACACCUACUUGGUGGAGAAACAAAAGCUAGACUUGCCGUUCGUCGCCAGCAGAGUGCGAUUCGUUCCAUACAGCCAACAUCCGCGUACGGUUUGCAUGCGAGUCGAAAUUUACGGAUGCGUCUGGGAACGUAAGUAUAAUUCAGCCGUCGAGACGGUGAUCGCGAUCGAGACUCGGCCGCUCGAUCGUUUGCCCGCAGAAUACGUCGCGAGGUACGCCGCCCCCAAAGGAUCGACACCAGGCCCGAAAGGAUGCAACGUCGAGGAUUCGUCCUACGACGGCGCAGAGCUGGACACGCUCCUCGUGAACGGUCUGGGCCAGCUGACGGACGGAAUUCUAGGCGAGGUUUCGGAAAUUCUGACCGCCUCGACGACCAGCACCAACUGGGUCGGCUGGUCCCAUCGCGACGUCGUCCAGCUGAUCUUCGAGUUCCAAGAGUCGCGAGAAUUCGAAAAUUGUUCCAUCCACGUGGGCCGUUUGCCGGCACUAGAAGUCGAGACGUUUUCGACUUUGCGAAUCUGGUUCUCCACCGACGGCGAAAAUUACCAGGCCAAUCCGGAUAUAUUUGAGACUAUGCUGAUCGAUGCCAGCCCGACCACCAACGACGCUAUCUUGACGUCGAUCGCGUUGCAGUCCAGGAUCGGUAAAUUCGUGAAACUGGAAUUAAGUCUAGCGGGCAAAUGGUUGCUCCUCAGCGAAAUCACUUUUCACACUGUCUCGUGUAUCAAGAAUCGCUCGACCGAUUCUUACUCCUCGAUCGAUGGAUCCUUUCGAGCGGAUCGAAAUCAGAGCGAGUUGCAACCAAGGUCGCCCAACUCCGAAGGAACGAUACCCGGCUUCAACGAGACAGAAAUUUACGAAACCAAGGAAGACGUUUUAACACCGGACGCGUUUCCUGUCGGCACAUCGCAAACUUACGUCGGCCUCGUGAGCGGCCUACUAACGGUGCUCGUUCUCUUUUUAACCUGCACGAUAUUCCUGAUCAAACAAAGGGGCCGUAACAAAGUGGCUCUGUUGCAAAAGCACACGGCCCUUCUGUGCGACUCGUCCGCGCCCGGGAUCGCGAUCAGCCCAAAGGACGUUAAACUCCCGAACUCGAUCGUGAACGGAUUGUCGCUCGUACGCAAACCGAUCACCAUCGCCACCGUGGUCUCCGCCACCAACCUCGCAGCCAACAACAUGCCCGAUCAAUUCGAUCGUACGCGAACAAAUUCUCGGGGCACCGCCGAUUCCGACCGUCGUCCUUCCACCGUUUACGAAAGAACCUACAAGCUAUUUUCUGACGAAAAUUUCGUUCACGCGGAGCCAAACGCGUCCGCUUGUACAACCAAUUCGUGUACCGAUUUUAAAUGUCUGCCAGGAUUAGCAAAAGACAAAUCAACCGAACUGCGAUCGAAGAAGGUGCACCACUACCAAUCGGGGAAAACGACUCAGAAGGUGCACGAAGGAUAUUACGCGGCAACAGAUAUUUUGACGAUAAAAAGGCGAGUCCUUCCAUCGACCGUGAGUCCAUUCACGUCGCUGUAUAUUCGCGAGAAGGGUGUACGUUUGCCGCGUACCCUCGAUCCGUACGACGUUCAACGAAUUUCCAAACACAGAUUGAGGAUCUUAGACAAACUUGGCGAGGGAAACUUCGGUUUGGUUCAUCUGUGCGAGGCAAAGGGCAUUACGAAUCCGGAAUUGGGAUCUAUCCAAAAUCGGCAGACCGUGAUCGUUAGGUCUCUCUGGCGAGGCGUUGUAGAUUCUUUGAGGCUAGAUUUCACGAAAGACAUGCUCGUGCUGGCGGCGCUUCGAGACCCAAACUUGACGAAAAUGAUCGCUCUGGUAGAAGAAGAACCGUUUGGGGCUGUUUUUGAGUACGGCCAACACGGGGAUCUGCCAACCUUCUUAGAGAAUCGCGAGAAGUCUGGCGGCGAGGACACUUUCAGCUAUGGUAAUCGUCUGAAUUUUAUCACGCAAAUCGCGUCCGGUAUGAAGUAUCUUGAAUCCAUGAACAUACCGCACUGUGAUUUGGCGGCGAGGAACUGUAUCGUUGACCAAAAUCUGACGAUAAAGAUAUCCGACCAUGCCAUGUACUGUAGCAAAUACGAUCAUCAUUAUUACAUCGACGGAUGCAACGCGAAAAUUCCUCUUCGUUGGAUGGCAUGGGAAGCGGUUUUAUUGAGUAAGCGUAGCUGCCAAGCCGAUGUUUGGUCGUUCGCUGUAACAGUUUGGGAAGUUUUCAUGAACUGCAAGGAGAUACCGUAUCCGGAGUUAACGGCGGAACAAGUUCUAGAGAAUUGCGGUCGUUGGUACCAGAGCGAGACGUGUGUCAAUGGAACCGGUGCCAACGACGAAAGAAAUCGGCCUCGAACUCUUGCAAGGCCCAACCGUUGCUCGGACGAUCUCUAUCGUAUGAUGAACAAGUGUUGGAGCAAACGUACCGAGGAUAGACCUACCUUCGAGGAGAUCUAUCUUUAUCUCGAGAGACUAGCGCUCGAUUGAACGUUUGAUACUCGAUCGAGUAGCACGGACCAAAUCGGUUACAAUCAGCUAAGAAGCAUCCUGUCCUGUGUACGUAAAUUUAUCUUUUUUACGCUCAUCCACAUCCUCGCCCCGUUUCACCGUUCCUCUUCUUGUGCGCCACCCUCCCUCCCCUUCCAA